AUGCCUAAGGAUGGCAUCGGGCUGCCUUCCCUGCCAUUGGGUCCUCAUCCAGAACUUUUUUCUUGUGGAGAAAAUUUAUACCUCUCAACUAGUAAAGAUUCCUGGGAAAAAAUUAUUGGAGAAUGGAAUACAGAAUAUAAAUACUUUAUUUACGGAGGAGGUAAAAGGGAUCCAGGUAAAAUUGUUGGCCAUAUUACCCAGGUGAUUUGGGCGAACUCGUACCAAGUAGGAUGUGCAGCUGCUUAUUGUGAAAACUUAGGCAUGUUCCUAGUUGUUUGCCACUACUGCCCAGCAGGUAAUGAUCCAUACACUCUUUAUACACCAUACGAAUCAGGUCCAUGGUGCUCAAAAUGCACAGGAGAUUGUGAAAAAAAAUUAUGUGUUGUAUAAUCAGAAAAGAAGAUGAAGAAAGUAUCCUAAAAAAUUUGCCCCAGCUCUUGUGGUGCCCCUUGCAUUUUAAUCUUUAUGCAGAUUAAUGCUGUAGAUGCUUCAUGAUCCAAAAAGUUGGUAUUAGUUCAGUCAAGCAGCAAAUUGUCACAUUGAUUCUUAGUAAGC